GUGUCAAUCUGCAGGGUGAAAAACCAGUGUAACAAACUUAGCAGAGAAAUGGGAUAAGAGGGGCCAAAAUAUUUGCGCAGCAACUGCCUGAAUUUCAUCUUUAAUUACAUUAGUGAGGCUUGGGAAAUUGUUAUUUGAUUUAUUAAACUUCCUAUAUUUCGACAUGUUCCAUGUCACUAUUGACAACACCCUAAAGUUCUUUGAAUUUUUUAUAACCGCUCAUAUAUAAGUGGCAACUCCCAUACUCUUUCACCAACUCUCGCAUAAACCUACACAAGCACAAUCAAAUGAUCGGCAUUCACAGACUUCCUCUACAAAUUCUUUCAAUAUACUUAUUUACUCAAAUUACCUCAUUCUGGAAAAAUGUAUUGGUAUACCUGCUCACAAAUACAUUACUCGUUGCCAAAGUUCUGUCAUAUACAGUAUCAUCAUGGAAAUCUACACAUUCAUCCUUUUUUCCUAGCACCUUAAAUUCUCCCCCUUCCCAACCCUAGGCUUCCUUAAUCUCCGCAAUAAUCUAUUCACAGACCCUGUCCUUUCAAUUUAUUAUCAAGUCUUGAACUGUCAAACUUUCCAAAUCCUGCGACUUCUACUGGAAGUCAGGAUCACCAACACUAAUACAAACCAUAUAUCCUGUAUUUCUAAUCAUUAUCUUCCCCAUGUAAACCCACUUCCAAUCUAAUCCACCCAUGGAAAAAAUUCCCCACAAGUUGUUUUCAAAUGAAGCCUUUUGAAUCUCUUCUGCUGAUAGAUUUUUAUCUGGUUUAUUCAAUCUUUUGGUGCUUUUAUACCCAACAAAACUUCAUCUGUCAAAAUCAGAGUAAAUUCCCUACUACUAUUUUAUCUUCAGUGUUUCAAGUAUAAAGGAGACAAAUUUGAGUUUAAUAAAUGCACAACUACUUUCAUCAAAAAAUAAAAUUGAAUAAGCACCUUCAAAUAUUAUUGGGCUGUAAUUCCAGAAGAAUAAUUAUUACUAUUACUCCAGAAUCUACCAACAUAUUUAAUUUCCUCUUUGCCUCAUUCUGCUUCCCAGACUCCAAUAAAUGCAAGUUUAUCAAUUCCUAAAAUCAACUGCUACCUAAAAUAUGCCCAAGUCAAUUUUUCUCCUUUUGGUGAAUAAGAACUCAGAGGUUGUGAGAAAGCUUUACAGAAUAUAUAGUGCAAGGAGGUUUUCUUUAAGUGCAGUACUAUGGGUUGUGAAGGACAAGAUAUGGAAAAUGGUCUUUUACUGCUAAUUUCCACUGGCUCAUCUCAAACUCAACAAUACAUCACCUUCCAACUUUUCUACACUUCCAGGUUCUCUGUUUUCACAGAAACAUAGAAAAUAGGUGCAGGAGUAGGCCAUUCAGCCCUUCAAGCCUGCACCGCCAUUCAGUAUGAUCAUGGCUGAUCAUCCAACUCAGAACCCUGUACCUGCUUUCUCUCCAGACCCCCGAUCCCUUUAGCUACAAGGGCCAUAUCUAACUUCCUCUUAAAUAUAGCCAAUGAACCGGCCUCAACUGUUUCCUGUGGCAGAGAAUUCCACAGAUUCACCACUCUCAUCACAUUUCCUAAAUUAUGGAUUCCCCUUCACUACAAGUUGACUAAUAGUGUUCAUUCCAUUUUCCACAACUUUAUAUGCAGAUUCUUCCCAUUUCUAGAAGCUGAUAGCAGUACCUGUUUGCCUUCCACUCUCUACAUUUAACAAUUACUGAAAUCUCCAUUUGUAGAUUCCCCCUCCUGAAAAGAUUUUUGCUUCUAAAAUUCUCAAGUUCACUCCAUCUUCACCAAUUUCCACACCUGACAAAAUUAUUCAAUACACCAAAGUCUUUCACCAAGGGCCAAAAUACUUUCCAUUUAUCUGGGUGAUAAAAAGCUCUUCAGUCCCAACUAUUUUUGCUGCAAAGGAAGAUCAACGUGAAAUAUUAACUUUUAUUUUCAAACAAAUGCGGUGUAGUCUUGUUUUCUGCCUUUUCAGAUUCCCAACACAUUUUCAUUAAGUUAGCGAUACAGCGUGGAACCAGCCCUUGGAAACAUGCCACCCUGGCAAUGCCUGAAAAACCCACUUAACCCUAACCUAAUCAGGGAACAAUUUACCAUGCAUGUCAGAAUCUCUUGCCAGUUAACAUUUCUCUGAUCAUAUUAUCUCUACACAAUAUUCUGGUGGGAAAUUAUAAUGAACUGAAGGAGUGGUGAGACACCAGUCCAAAGUGAUUGGUGGACUGAGAAGUGAAAAAUAUAUAAAAAAAGGCGGUAAGAUUGUGCUAGGUAAAGGAGGCAGGGCUGGGAGAGUGGCAGAUGAAUGAUAGAGGUUGCAAAGAAAAAGUGAGGUGCAGAUAUAAAGAUUGGAGACAGCUACUGGAGGGAGAUAAGCAGGACACCAGUGUUGGAAGCUGAUGUAAUUAUAGGAACCAUUAGUGUAAAAGUGAACGGCAGAUGGGAUGGGUGAUGUCUGUGUAGCGGGCUGCUGGGAGGGGCUACUAUACAUUUAUAAGCUAUACACGCUGUACAGUACAGCAUCUCCUUCAACAACUACAAACAUACCUAGACUCAAGUUACCAUUCCACAAAUUUUCUCCGCUUCACUGAGUGUAAAGUGAUCUCCAAUCAACUCUUAGCCCAGGCACCGCCCCCUCCCCCAAGCCAACGUUUGAAAAACAGAUGUGGUCUAUUAAACACCAGGAUUCGAACUACAAGAACAUGCUUCAAAUUUAAUCCCAUUGUCUUUAACGCCAUCUCCCCAUAUUAACGAAAAUCUCCAUGAGAAAAACAAUCCUGGCCUGAGAGGUUCCGGGGAAAAAUGUGAGCGCUGCUUGGUGCAAAUCAAAUAUUCAUUUACUUAUUUAUUUCUGGGGAGGGGCUGGUGCUGUCUGCUCUGCACAUCACCCCUGAACAACUAGAUACAAUCAAAAGACUUAAGACUUUUAUUUUGGUAAAAUGGUGGCCCAAGAGGGGAAAAUGGCGGGGUCGGGUUGGGAAUAAUCAGACUCAAUCCAAUUACUGUGGAACAAUUCAGAACGUUUUAAGCGCCAGCACCUUCAACACAGGGACCAGGAGCAUUUACUCCCCCGGCCACCUUGGAGUAAAUGGCUGUCAUCUCCUUUUCUCGCCCUUUGAGAUUGUCCAAUCGCUCGGGAGGCCUGGCACACGGGCAACCCUUCCACCAGCAGUCCGGCCUCCGAUCGCCGUGUCCUGACUGAGGUCAGAGCACAUCUGAUUACAAGCGGCAGAGAGAAAAUAAACCAAAUCAAGACCCUCAGGGAGCCUGCGAGAGAUCCCGGCCGAGUGACGAGUCCGGUUUCGCAGGAACCCAUUAUUAGGGCGUUAAACCUGGGAGGGCUUUGGUUGCUCUCCCGCUUCUGGCCUGACGGCACUUGCUUCUUCCGCAUUUUCCUAGGGGUUAGACUCUGACGUUACGUAUUACGACGGCGGCGGCGGCGGCAGCGAAGAGCCGAGUAGUCAGCCCCUCCUCCUCCUCCCCGCAGCCAUCAAACAACAAAGCCUGAUUGGCAGGGCUAGGCCCGACCCGACCCGCCAGCGCUCGGCCCAGCCAGGAAAGGCUGAGCCUAAACCAAGCCCAGGAAGGAGUCGAAACGAACCGAAAUCGGCCUCCGCCCGCCCAACACACUCACCAGGUAAAGGUAAAGGCGCCGCUCCGGGCUCCCGACCGCCUCCCUCCGGACAUGCGGCCGUUCUCCCGGGCGUGAACGGCGAGGCGGCACUGGCGUCUCAGCCCGAGCCCCGCCGUGGGAGUUAAUGGCGGGCAGUAGGCCUCGAGGAGGCCGCAGUUAGGCCUCAAGCGAUCAAACUCCCGGGAAAGGGCUCCGCUCUGGGUUCUAGAUUCAGGCCGCUCCGAAAAUUACUUUUUUUAAAAAUGAGGGAAAAUAUGUUGCAUGGAGGAUUCGUUGGGAAGGCCUGAAUGUGGUCGCCGCGCGCUCAAUGAUUUUUAGGUGGCUUAUUCAUGUAGAUGCAUCUGAAAACCUAUGCCCAAAUGGUGGUCGACAUCUAUACACAUUGAAAAAUUAGUUUGAAUGCUUAUAGCAGUGAACAUUUGAAGGAAGGUCGGGCUAAGAUACAGUGGUGACUGAUGAAAUUUGCAGACCAUGGAUGAAGAUGUAGGAGGGCUUGAACUGCAACAACAGGAGCCCAAGGUGAUUUUUGAUAACACAGUUCAUGAAGUGACUUCACAGCAUAUUGAUGGACACCAUAUUCUUGUGGAAGUUCAAGAAACCGUCUUUGUAGAUUCCACUAUUGACCCAGAAUCCCACUUUGUCUCUGAUGACACUGACUCUGUUGUAAUACAAGAUGCCAUUGAAGAUGUUGUGGCUGAAGAUGUCCACUGCCCUGAUAUUAUUGAGGAACCAGAAACCAUAAUUGUUCCUGAACAAGUACUGGACACAGAUGUUGGCACAGAGGAAACUCUGACUACAAUCCCUGAAGACGUAUUAGCUUCUGACAUUACCUCAGAGGCCAUGUGUGUUGCUGAACAUGUACUGACAAGUGAGUCGAUACAUGUGUCUGAUAUGGCCACUGCUGAGCACAUUGCAGUCAGUGAAGCUGAAAUAGUCACGGAUGCCUUAUUGCCUGAUGUAGAAGAGGUUCUGGUGACAGACUCAACUGCAGAGACUGUGAUAGAUGCACGCAGUUUACACGUUCAGAGUCAGGAGACAGUUCCCGUAACCAUCGAGGCUCCAGUAGGAAAUAAAGGCACUAAUGAAGAUUAUUUAAUGAUUUCCUUGGAUGAUGAUGGAGGAAAGAUUGAACAUGGAGGAAAUGGUGAGCUGAAAAUGGAAAGUGGACUGUCAACACAGAGUGAAAGUUUAAAAGAAGAUAGUACCUGUGGUGAUGUCAUUAAAGUUUACAUUUUCAAGGCAGAUGAUGGUGAGGAUGAUUUAGGUGGAACUGUAGACAUUGGUGAAAGUGAACCCGAUAAUGAUCAUGGGGUUGGACUACUGGAUCAGGGCAAUGUGGGCAGAAUAUCACGAGAGAAAAUGGUGUACAUGACUGUUAAUGACCCUAAUCAGGAGGAUGAGGAUAUAAUGAACGCAACACAGCAUGAGGAGAACUGCUACCUUCAAGCAAAUUGUGCCGACAUUGCAGAUGAAGUUUACAUGGAAGUCAUAGUAGGAGAAGAUGAAGCAGCAGUUGGCCAUGAACAACAAGUUGAAGAAACAGAUAUUAGCAAAACAUUUGUUCCGGUAGCUUGGGCUACCGCAUAUGGUAACAGUUCGGAUGCUGUAGAGAAUAAAAAUGAAACAGGCAGUCACCUCCUCCAGGCAGAUGGAACAAAUGAGCUUACCAGAUUGGUAAAACCAAAAUCAAGGAAAAGGAAGAGACUUGAAAGUAGACAAUAUCAGACAGCAAUCAUCAUAGGGCCUGAUGGGCAUCCUAUUACAGUUUAUCCAUGUAUGAUCUGUGGAAAAAAGUUCAAGUCCAGAGGCUUUCUGAAGAGGCACAUGAAGAAUCAUCCGGAGCAGCUGACUAAGAAAAAAUACCAGUGUACAGACUGUGAUUACACUACCAAUAAGAAGACCAGUUUGCAUAAUCACCUGGAAAGCCAUAUGCUCAUGAACAAGGUGGAGAAGACCUAUGAGUGUGAUGAAUGUGGCAAGAGAUUUACUCACCCAGGAGCUCUGGUUUCCCAUAAGUUGGUUCACCGGGAAAAGGGAGCUACAAAGAUGCACAAAUGCAAAUUUUGUGAUUAUGAGACUGCAGAGCAGGGGCUUCUGAACCGACACCUCUUAGCUGUGCAUAGCAAGAAUUUCCCUCAUAUAUGUGUGGAGUGUGGAAAGGGUUUUCGUCAUCCAUCAGAACUGAGGAAACACAUGCGAACCCACACUGGGGAGAAACCCUACCAAUGCCAGUACUGUGACUAUAAGUCAGCAGAUGCCUCCAAUCUCAAGACCCACAUGAAGACAAAGCACAGCAAGGAUCUGCCUUUCAAGUGUGAGCAUUGUUUAAUGACUUUCACGGAUGCCAAAGAACUGCAGAAACAUACAGCCAUUCAUCAAGGACACAAAACCCACCAAUGUACACAUUGUGAUCACAGGAGUUCUAACUCCAGUGAUCUGAAGCGCCAUAUUAUUUCAGUCCAUACCAAGGACUAUCCUCACAAAUGUGAGGUAUGUGACAAGGGUUUUCAUCGACCCUCAGAGCUCAAGAAACACAUGUCAACUCACAAGGGUAAAAAACUGCACCAGUGUAGGCACUGUGACUUUAAAAUUGCAGAUCCUUUUGUUCUUAGUCGGCAUAUUCUUUCAGUCCACACCAAGGAUCUUCCAUUUAGAUGUAAACGUUGCAAAAAGGGCUUUCGUCAACAGGUUGAGCUCAAGAAGCAUAUGAAGACCCACAGUGGCAAAAAAGUUUAUCAGUGUGAGUACUGUGAGUAUAGCACUACCGAUGCCUCGGGCUUUAAACGACACGUUAUUUCUAUUCACACAAAGGACUAUCCUCAUCGUUGUGAUUACUGCAAAAAGGGCUUCCGAAGGCCUUCAGAAAAGAACCAACAUAUCUCUCGACAUCAUAAAGAUGUUGUUUUGGUGGAGGGGCUAUCAUGAACUAUUUUCAAUUUGGAAAGCAUCUGCUUCUCAUCAUUUGUUGUACAAAAAAGGAAUAUUUGUGUCCUUUAAUUGUUGAAGACUUGGAAACUUAAGUUCAUGCUGAUUACUGAACUAACUUCUCUCUCCCUCUCUCCAUUGUAUUGUGUCAUGGAUUGGAGCUUUAGCUUGAAUUGAAAGUUGUAUGUCCUUUGACUUGGAAAUCCAUUAAAUGGACAUUUUUUUGCAACAUGGUGUCAACUCUUUUAAGAGAUGAAACUAACAAUCUAGUUGCAACCAGUCAGCUGCAGAUCAUAGUCCCUGCCAUUAUAAUUACUGGACCCGAGAUUAGAUAUUGUAUUCAAGAACAAUUUAGCUUCAUAUUAACUAUUGAUGGCAAAUGAGGCCAUUUAUCAGUUUGUCUUAUUGCUCAGUUUUUUGGAGUGCUACAGUUUUUGUGCUAACUGGCUGAACACAUUCUCAGCAUAUUCUGUAUUUUGAAAUUACCUUUUUGUUUGCGCUGUAGUUAAUUUUUUCCGAUAUGCUUCUGAAGCUGCAAUGUAUUAUGGUAAUAGUAUAUUUUCUGUUUUUCUUUGAAUUUUUUUUACAAUUUCAUCUUUUAAAAGAAAAUUCUUCAGUGAUAUACCAUUGAGCCUAAAGGCCUCCUCCGACUUCCCACGUUCUACUUGUAUUUCCAGAUGCGCUUCAUUCCUGUAUUGUGUGGUCUAGCAAUGCAUCGUGGUGGCAGAAUCCUCUCAGCUAAUUUACUUUUCCAGAUAUUGUGUAAAAAGAAUGACAUUAUUCAUGUUUUUACAAGUGUACACAUUUUUUUCCAAAAUUAUAUUUUGCCAAUGUCUGUAUCUUGUAUAAAUAAAAGAAAUAGCACUAUAUGUUUUCUAAAAAAAAGGUCCAGUGCUUUCUGUAGUACACUGCAGCUUAAUUUUAAGUUAGCAAGUUAAAAACUGUAUUGUCAGUUCUGCAUAAGUUAUAAAAGUUAUACUUUGAAAUAACUCAGGUGGUUAGCAAUACCUUAUUUUAUACAAUGUACCUCAAUCUAGUUACACUGGAAUGAGGUUCAUGGUGGAGGUGAGUAACAGAGGUUAGUAUUUUCUGUAUCAUUAAAUCUUUCCAACAAAAAAGCAAAAGGAGUGGGUGCAACUUUUUAAAAGUACUGAGAAAUGAUUAAUGGAAAGUAUGCAAUAUGGAAUAAUCUCCUGAAGUCUUCAGAUCAGGAUUAAUUUGGAAGGUGAAGGGAAACUGAAAAGUACAGCUUAAUUCCAAAAUUUAAUGUUUUUAUAUUUUAUAAAAUAUUUAAUUCAAAGCUGCAUGCAACAUCAGGUUUCUACAGAAUCCUGUAAGUUUUCAAGUAUAAGUUGGGCUUUAUAUUCAUUAGUGCCUAAAAUAGCAUCUAAGUUUAAACUAAUUUUAAAUGAAAGAUCUUUGACCAUUAUUGUAUAACUUGCAGACUAAUUCCUCAAUGUAUUCUCAAAAGUUUGCACACUGUUGGAUGAAAAGAGAGAAGAUUACAGUAUUUAAAAGAAAAGAUGGUAUUAAAUAAUUUAUACAACACAGUGAUUAACAUUACUUACUCAAAAGUCAUUUAAUUUAAUGUUAUACCGUCCUCAAUGUACAUGUUUUAAGCAACACAUUUGUUAAAAUCAUUAGGAAUACUAAUUUUAUUCUAAACAUAAUCUUUCUAAUUUAGCUGACUCCUGACCCCCACCAUGCCUACAAAAUAUAGAAAAUAUAAACUUUGUUACUUUUAAAAUCUGUUUAAAGUACCAGAGUUGGAACAGAUGGAAUUGAAUCCCACAUUGCGAUUUGAGCAUUUUCUCCCCAUCAUGAUUUCUAAGUUAACACAAACCUGAUAUUACAACAGUGCCCCAGUGUUCCUGAUGCAUUUUUGGGAUUUAAUUUGUCCUGUGACAUUGGGAGCUUUGAAAAUUGCACUAACAACAAAUGCAGUUCUUUUGGUUGGGCUUGUGUACUCAUUGUACCAUACAGCAAGAAGCAGUGUUGUACAUUAUCAUAAUGCAGGCCUGAUGUUGGACAGAGUUUCUGAGGCAAAAUUUAUUUCUGAAGUAAGGUAAAAUAAUGGAGAGUGGGUAAUAGGGAAAAUGUAUAUGUUUAUUAAAAACAUUCUUAUUAAUGUUACCAAUUGCUCAUUGUAUAAACUUUGAGAGGGAAUAUAAACUUGAGCAAUUGAAUUGUAUUUAAUACACUUUGAAGGGCAGCUAAGAGAAUUCUUUGAAUAGGUGUAGACUUUUUUAUACUGAGAUAAAACGUGAACUAAUUAAAAGCCAAUUAAUUUGAGAAGAACACACACAAAAUGCUGGUAGAACACAGCAGGCUA